AUGAGCAGGUUUAUUAUUGCCACAUUGGCGAUAGUGGCUGUAAUAGUGUCACCAGUUUUCAGCUAUGGUGGCUAUGGUGGGUACGGUGGCGGUCAUGGAGGCUAUGGAGGUCAUGGUGGCUACGAAGGCAACGGUGGAUAUGGAAGCCACGGAGGAUACGGAAGUCACGGAGGCCACGGUGGCUAUGGACACCAUGGCCACGGCUAUCAUGGUCGCCACGACUAUAGCGGAGAAGAUGAUGAGUAUGAUGAGGACGAACCACCUGUCAUAAACUUUGGAUUUAAAAACAAAGAAAAACAUGAAGAAACCUAUGACCAUAAGCCUAUAAAACACGAACAUAAGGAGGAGAAACCAUCUCUGCUACUAAUUCAACAACAGGAAGGGUCUGGUUCGGGUAGCAUACUAGAAUCGCAGAGCACAAACUCGUUCGGUAGCGGUCACACCCAAGGAAGCCUUAACAGUGGCGAAAACAUAAAACAAGGUGCAGCUGAGAUUAGUAUUAGUCAAAAUGCACAAGGAAAAGCUGAGAUCGGAACCUCAAACAGUCAUAGUGGAUUUGGUGACGAUCAGAGCAAAGAAAGUUUUGAAAAUCAUGGUAUUCACAAAAACGAGCACGGCGACAAAGAGGAUGAACACGGACCUAGUCAUGGACAUAAACAAGAAGAUAGUCGUGAAGAAAAGUAUGUACAGAAGCAGGAGAAACAAGAACAAUACGAAACUAGCCAGCUUGAAGCAAUCUUUAACGAAUCGGAGCAAAAUACAGGAUCGUUUGGUAACCUACAAACUGCAACAGGGAGUGGCAAUUUUGGAUCCUCUAAUAAUCAGAGUGGAUACAGUGAUGGCGUAGGCCAAGUAGGUAUUGACAGUCAUGGCCAAGAACAUAAACGCGAAGAAAAACAUGAAGAACAUAACGAAAAGCAGCACGAGAAAUAUGAACAGCAGAAAGCUCAACAAAAUAAAAAUAUUAGCGAACAAAACAGUCAACUUGCAACUCUUGCAAUCUUUGGGCAACAAGGAAGUGUUCAAGAAGACAUAAACGACUUUGACAGUAGUAAAACUACAACAGACAGCGGUCAAAUUGGAUCCUCGAGUUAUCAGAGUGGAUUCGGCCCAAGCCAAGUAAGUUUUGACAAUCACAGCAACAACACGCAUAAAGCGGGCUACAAUGGAGGCGGUCAAGAUUAUAAAUACGAAGAAAAACAUGAAAAUUCAGAUGAGAAAAAGUACGAAAAGAAACCUGAGAAACAAAACCAGCAAGAGGGUCAACAACAGGAAAGUGUCAGCCAACAAGAUAGCAAACUUGUAGCUAUUUUUGGCCAACAAGGAGCUUUAAGUACUCAGAAUGAUGCAAACGAAUUUGGUAAUACGCAAAUUACCACAGGAAGCGGCCAAAUUGAAUCUUCAAGCAGUAGUGGAUUUGGUAGUGGCAGUCAAAAUCACCACACAGAUAAUGCCGGCUUCGAUAAGCGUUAUAUUCAUACCCAUGAACAUAAACAAGAAGUAAAUCUCAAAGGUGAAAAGUAUGGUAAUAGUCAAAUUUCAACAGAAAGCGCCCAAGAAGGCAAAGAAACCGUCAGUGCUGAGCAAGGCGAAGCUGAUUUUAGUAAUAAACAAAAUAUAACAGGAAGUGGUAAAACUGAUUCCUCAGGCAGUCAAAACAGUUUUGGUAUCGGCCUAAGUGAAGUGAGUGACAGUCAUGCUUCAAACAGUGAAACCGGACAAAAACAUGGCCAUGGACAUAAGCACGAAGAUAAGCAUGAACAUAAACAGGUAGAAAAGUACGACCAAAACCAAAAGAAACAAGGGCAUAUAGAAGUUCAAGAACAAGAAAGUAUUGGACAAGGGGCUUUUAGUACUGAGCAAGGGGCAACCGGUUUAGGUAGCAGUCAAUCUGAGACAGGUGGCGGACAGAUCGUAUUCUUAGACAGUCAUAGUGAAAGUUUUGACGGCGAUGAAAAUAACGGACAUAAAAAUGGAUAUGAAUACCACAGUAGUUACGCAAGUCAUGGUAAUGGAUAUCCGGGAACUAGCUUUGGUAAUAAACAGAAACAGAAGCAGGCAGAAAAGUAUGAUCAAAAACAGGAUCAGAAACAAGAGCAGCAAUAUAUUCAAAAGGAAGAUCAAAGCGGGCAGCUCCAAACUAGUUUCGGUCAGCUUCAGGCUGCCAUUAAUCAACAAGGAGCAUCUAGCACUCAAAAAGCAGGGGCAGAAAUUGGUAACAUUGAAACAGUUUCAGAAGGCGGCGAGAUUGGAUUUUCAAGCAACCAAGACGGAUUUAGUAGCGUUCAAAGCCAAGGUGGUUCUGCGAGUCUUGGCAACAUCGAAGAAAAGAAGGGCUAUGGUCGUGGACAUGGAUACCAUAGUGGUUACGCAAGUCAUGGUUAUCCUGGUUUGGCACAUGAUUAUAAAUACGAAGAAAAGCAGGAAGAAAGGAAUAUAGAUAAGAAGCAGAAACAAACUCAAAAAAAAGACGAAAGCAGUCAGGUAACCCAACAAGAAUCGACUGGAUCUGGGCAAGGUGGUACAGAGGUCGGUAACAGUGAAACCUUAAUAGGAAGCGGAGAAAAAGGUUCUAGCACUAUCCAGAGUGCAUUUGACAGCAGCGAACAUCAAGAAACGACUCAAAGCCAGAGCAGCCAAGAAGAUAGCGACAACUACAAAAAACCUGGGCACUACGGUGGAUACGGUGGAUAUGGUGGACAUCGUGGUGGACAUGGCGGUCGCUACGGUGGUUAUGGUGGCUACCAUGGAGGAUAUGGACGAGGAUAUUAA